GCAGGCGUAAGGGUCGCAGAUCGUUCCUAACAUCGCGCAUGCGUUCCAUGGGCAAAAGGCUGGGGAGAACCGAUUACAGAGUGGCACAGACCAACUAUUGGGCUGAGCAGGAAAUUUUUACACAGCCUGAAAACUGUGCAGCAAUUUAAAUUAACAUUAUAUUUUUAAAAAUCCAGUUCGCGGCAACAAAACCUAUGUGCACGGGAGCAUUUCAGUUACUGUGUGGCCUCACACCCAUGCAGCUAAGAGGAAACAGUGUAUAAUACUAAUGGAGAGAGUCAAACUGGGCCAAGUCACAGAUUGAAGAUCGGCUGAAGUUGUCUGUUGUGAUACAGACAGGAAGACUGUCAGAGCAUUUGAUGGUCAGUCCAGAUGCCUGAUUUGUGCUCAGAAGAUGACUUCUUCCCCCAAUUUGAAUUGAUCCUUGCUGUAACAGUGUGAUGUCAGAGGUCACACAUCAGUUUUGCUACCUCUGUCCAGAUACUUAAGGAGUGACCAGAUAUUUCCUUUGUAACACCAAUAUAUCAGUUGUUGAUCCUUGGAGAUGAGGAAGUAUCUCAUCCCAGCCGGAAAUGGGCUGUGUCCCUGAAAUGAAGUUUUCUGUUGUAAUUCAGAGAAAUCCACUGGAACUGGGGUGCUGAGAACACACCAGCAUUUGUUCACUGGAGAUCAGUUCUUCAACUGCAUUGAUUGUGUGAGGAAUCCACUAUAUCUGACAUCUGACGAUGAAUUGCUAGAGAAUUGAUAGGGAACUGUGAGAAAGGAUUCACUCACUCAUCCCACCUGCAAACACACCAGCAAGAUCACACUGAGGAGAGGCCUUUCAUCUGUUCUGAUUGUGGGAUGGGAUUCACUCAGUCAUCCAAAGUACAGAGACACCAACAAGUUCACACUGGGGAGAGGCCAUUCACCUGUUUCGUGUGUGGGAAGGGAUUCACUCACUCAUCCCAGCUACUGGCGCACCAGUCAGUUCACACUGGGGAGAGGCCAUUCACCUGUUCAGACUGUGGGAAGGGAUUCAUUCGGUUGUCCCAACUGAAGGUACAUCAACGAGUGCACACUGGGGAGAGGCCAUUCACCUGCUCAGACUGUGGGAAGGGAUUCACUCAGUCAUCUCAACUACUUGCUCACCAGUCAGUUCACAAUGGCGAGACUCUGUUCACCUGUUCAGACUGUGGGAAGGGAUUCACUCGGUCAUUUCUACUGAAGGUACAUCAGCGAAUUCACACCGGGGAGAAGCCAUUCACCUGCUCAGAAUGUGGGAAGGGAUUCACUCAGUCAUCCCAACUACAGAGACACCGGUCAACUCACACUGGGAAGAGACCAUUCACCUGCUCAGACUGUAGGAAGGGAUUCACUCAGACAUCUGACCUCCUGGCACACCAGCGGGUUCACACUGGAGAGAGGCCAUUCACUUGCUCUGAAUGUGGGAAGGGAUUUACUCACUCAUCCAGCCUACAGAGACACCAGAGAGUUCACACUGGAGAGAGGCCAUUCACCUGCUCAGAUUGUGGGAAGGGAUUCACUCAUUCGUCCAGCCUACAGACACACCAGCGAGUUCACACUGGGGAAAGGCCUUUUACCUGUUCAGACUGUGGAAAGGGAUUCACUUGGUCAUCUCUACUGAAAGCACAUCAGCGAAUUCACACUGGUGAGAAGCCGUUCAUCUGCUCAGACUGUGGGAAAGGAUUCACUCAUUCAUCCGACCUGUUGGCACACCAGCGAGUUCACACUGGGGAGAGACCAUUUAUCUGUUCACAAUGUGGGAAGGGAUUCACUCAAUUAUCCAACCUACACAGACAUCAACGAGUUCACACUGGGGAGAGGCCAUUCACCUGCCCAGACUGUGGGAAGGGAUUUAUUCAGUCAUCUCAACUACUGGCACACCAGUCAGUUCACACUGGGGAGAGGCCAUUCACGUGUUCAGACUGUGGGAAGGGAUUCACUCAGUCAUCUCAACUGAAGGUACAUCAGCGAAUUCACACUGGGGAGAAGCCUUUCACCUGCUCAGACUGUGGAAAGGGAUUCACACAAUUAUCCACCAUACAAAGACACAAGCGAGUUCACACUGGGGAGCGGCCGUUCACCUGUUCCGUGUGUGGGAAGGGAUUCACUCAGUCAUCCAGUCUACAAAGACACCAGUCAGUGCACUCUGGGGAGAGGCCAUUUACCAGCUUUGACUGAGGGAAAGGAUUUACUCAGUCAUCUCAACUACAGACACAUCAAUGAAUUCACACUGGGGAAUGUCUGUUCACCUGCUCAAACUGUGGGAAGGGAUUCAACCUACAGAGACACCAGUAAGUUAAUACUGGGGAAAGGCUGUUCACCUGCCCUGUUUGUCAAAAGGGAUUCACUCAGUCAUUUGAACUGAAGCUACACCAGUGAGUUUACACUGGGGAGAGACCAUUCACCUGUUCUGAAUGUAGGAAGGGAUUCAUUCACUCAUCCCACUUUGUGAAACUACCGAAUUCACACGAGCAAAAGUUUGAAUAAGAUGCAUGUUGGAUAUUUAACCAUCACAGUUGCUGAAUCCAGAGUUAAGUUCAAAAGUGACUGUUGGUAUCGAACUCUGCAAUUAUUGCUGCUUUUCAUCAGACCCAGUUCUGCACCCUGGUCAUUGGGCAUGGAAGGAGUUUCUUCCGAUGUUCACCUUUAAUGCGAGUUUAAUAUUCUGGAUCUGUGACUAAUAAAUCAGUUAUAUUUUAAACUCUG